CCUCCUUCAGACCUUGGUGGGAGCUGCUUGCGGACUGCAGACGGGGUUUGAGAGGAGAGGGCUGUUGGACAGAGAGAGGGAGGGCGGUAACAUCGGACACCGAUAAUGUCUCCCAGGACUCAGGAGACCUGUUACUCCUGUGGCACCUCACCGCAGCUCUCCCAGCGACACCUCGACACUUCCUCGGCAGCCGGGGCUGCGAGUGGCGCCAGCAGAGUGCAUGUGUAGCCGGCUGUAGUCUGCGGAAAUGGGGAAGCAUUUCUGGAGUUGGAGAGCAACGCUGGCAGAAGGUGUGGGAGAGGACGAGGGAGAGAGCGAGAGGGAGAAGAAAUGGGCUGAGCUCUUUCAGCGGUUUGACACAAAUAAGGAUGGUCAAGUGGAUAUAAAGGAGCUGGGAGAAGGCCUGAGAUCCAUGGGCAUAUUGAUCGAAGGCAACACUGAGCAGGAGAUCCUUCGAUCGGGGGACACUAAUCAGGACGGACAGCUGAACCUGACUGAGUUCACUGAGUACUUGCGGCAACAUGAGAGGAAGCUGAAGCUGAUGUUUAAGAGCCUUGACCAGAACAAUGACGGUGAAAUCGACGCCUUUGAGAUUCAGCAGGCUCUGUUGAACCUCGGCAUUACGAUCACUCUCCAGCAAGCUGAGAAGAUCUUGCUCAGUAUGGAUAAGGAUGGGACGAUUACAGUGGACUGGACUGAAUUUCGAGACCAUUUCAUCUUUAACCCGCUCUCCAAAAUGGAGGAGAUUGUGGAACACUGGAAACACUCGACGUUCUUGGACAUCGGGGAGUCCUUGACCAUUGUGGACGAAUUCUCAGAGACGGAAAGACUGACUGGGACCUGGUGGAGGCAACUACUGGCAGGAGCGAUUGCCGGCGCAGUGUCACGCACCUGCACCGCACCCCUGGACCGGCUGAAGAUCUACAUGCAGGUCUUUGCAGCUAAGCGGAAGUUGAACCUAGCUGGGAUUUGGAAGAUGAUGGUGACGGAGGGAGGAUACUUAUCCCUGUGGCGAGGAAACGGGGUGAAUGUGCUGAAAAUUACCCCGGAGACUGGCAUCAAGUUCAUGGCUUAUGAACAGUAUAAGAAGAUCUUCCUUGUCCAGAAGUCUACACUGGAGGUGUACGAACGCUUUCUUGCGGGAUCUCUUGCUGGCAUCACCAGCCAGACACUCAUCUUCCCAAUGGAGGUUCUGAAGAUCAGGAUGGGCCUUGGAAAGAGUGGUCAGUAUAUGGGAAUCUUCCACUGCGCUCAGAAUAUGAUGAGGACUGAAGGGCUUCGUGCUUUUUUCAAAGGCUAUGUCCCAAAUACUAUUGGCAUCAUUCCUUAUGCUGGGAUUGAUCUUGCUGUCUAUGAGAGUGUGAAGAAUCUGUACUUACAAAAUUACGGACAGGAAAGAACCGACCCAGGAGUCUUUGCCCUUCUUGGCUGUGGCACCAUCUCCAGUAUCUGUGGUCAACUGGCAAGCUACCCAUUGGCACUCAUUCGCACCAGGAUGCAAGCUCAAGCUGUUGUCAAAGGGGAGCCCGAACUGAACAUGUUACAGCAAUUUGGCAGAAUAGUGCGAGGGGAGGGCUGGUUUGGCCUCUACCGAGGGAUGGCACCCAACUUCAUGAAGGUGGUGCCUGCUGUCAGCAUCAGCUAUGUCGUGUACGAACACAUGAAAUUCUUUCUGGGUGUCACCUCAAAGUAACUGGUUUCCUGGAAUGAUUCUCAUCCUCAUUCUUUCCUGCAUCGUCUCCAGACAAAGAAACUGCAGUUUAAGGGAAACAUUGACCCAGCAGAGCUCAGGAAGAAUUCACUCUUUGAUCCUCAAUGGUCGAUCCCAAUCUUUCUUCCACUUCCAAGUCAGUUCCAGAUAAGCGAAAUGGCCUUAGGUCUGCUCAAGGUAUUCUUGUAGCACCGGAGCAUCUCCCCAAUCCUGUCCCCAUACAAACAUUUUGCAGUGGGAUUUAUUAAGUUAUUUCCACAGAAGAUUCGCUAUGGCAAAAAUAAAAGAGAUGAGGAGAGAUUGACAAUGGGAUUCUGCGCACCAUGCAUCCUUUAAGAUACAGAUUGUUUCCCACACUGCAUGUUUCCACUUCAUUUGGAUAGCUUGAUAAUGCAUGAGGUAUCUUUUGCUGAAUGUAAUGUCAAAACACUGUAUGUAUAUAAUAAUAGUGUUAAUAAUUUAGUAAAUGCAUUUGUUCCAAAUCUCUCACUGCUCUACCGAGUCUGUGGGACUGUGGACUUGGUGUGAAUCAUUUCCCAGACUUCCAGUUUCUAACCUCUUUGAGGUCCUCUCUGCUGUGAUGCUCCUCGGACAUCAAACAUCUGUUGUGAAAUUUCACAGCAACACUUUACAUUAAUGUGAAGCCUUUCCUGAAGCAAGAUCAAUCCAAGGCACUUCACAGGACUGUUACCAAACAAAAAUCGACACCAUGGAGAUCAGGAUGGGUGACCAAAAGCCAGGAGCAUCUUAAUAAGUCUAUUGAAAGAGGGAAGAGAGGCGGAGAAGUUUAAGGAGGGAAUUCCAGAGCUCUGGGGCUCGGCAGCUGAGGUAAUCUGGUGAAACUCUGUCCGGUUUUGGGUUGGAGUCAGGUAUCAAGGGACAGUCAACAGACAUCACCCAAACAACAGUGAAACUAAGGAAGUGACAUUAUCAGCAUGCACAAGAGGUGAUCAUGUAAUCUUCCCUGCAUGGCAACGGGUCAUCAGUGGCAGAGACUGCACCACGGGGUUAGCCUACUGAACUUGGUUGGGAUUUCAACAGGUUCACUAGUGAGCAGCCUGCGGUACGCACUGUGGCUGCAAGUUAAUAGUGAGGCAGAGCCAAUUGUACAAUCCAACCUAACAAUUCAAUCUCCAAAGUUCUCUGAAAUAGAGAAUUCCAAAGAUUCACAGCCUUCAGUGAGGACAAAUUCCUCCUCAUCACCAACUUAAAUUGUUGACCUUUGUUCCUUAAACAAUACCCCUAGUUAUAGAUGUCCCCAAGAGAAGACAUAUCCUUGCAGCAUCUACCUUGAUAAUCUGUCUCAGAAUUAUGUGCUUCAACAGAAUUAUUUCUUAAUAUCGGUGAAUAGAGGCCCAAUCUGCCUAAUCUUUUCUCUUUAUGAACUUCUUCAUUUCAGGAAUCAACCUAGAGUACUCUGAACUGCCUCCAAUGUAAACCUAUCUCUCCUUCAAUAAGACCAAAUCUGUACUCCAAGUGUCAUCUCACCAAUACAAUUGAUCUCUUCUAAGUUAUUCAUACAGAUCAUAAAUAGUUGAGACCCAGCAGAUCAUUGUGGCACCCCACUACUUCCAGCUUGUCAACCUGGAAAUGACCUUUUCUUGUCAACUCUGUUGUCUAUGAGUUAAAUAUUCUGUUCACGUUCAUGAAUUACUCCCAAUGCGACGAGCUCAGAUCUUGUGUGGAAACCUUUCAUGUUGCACCUUAAUGAAUGUCUUAUGGAAAUCUAAAUAUACUAUCUUCUGUUUUUUCUUCAUCCAAUAUGCUCAUUACUUCCUCAAAAAACUCCAAUAAAAUUGUUUAACACAAUUUUCCUUUCAUAAAAGCAUCUUAUGGAGUCAUACAGCAGAGCAACAGGUCCUUUGGCCCAUUGUGUCUGCACCGAUCAUCGAACACCCGUGUACGGUAAUCCAAUACUAGUCCCAUUUUAUUCUCCCUACACUCUUAUCAUUUCCUCCCAGGUUCUACCACUUAUGUGCACACAGAGGGAAAUUUACAAUUGCCAAUUAACCUAUCAAUCUACAUAACUUUGGAAUGUGAGAGGAAUUGGAGCACCGGGAGGAAACUCAUGCUGUCACUGGGAGAACGUGUAAACUCCACAUGGACAUCACUGGAGGUCAGGAUUGAACCUGGGUCAUGAGAGCUGUGAGGCAAUGAUUAUACUUGCCACCACCGUUCCACCUAUGCUUGAUUCUGCUUGAUUGUCUUAUGAUUCUUUAAAUGUCUUGCUGAAUAAAGGAUUCCAGCAUUUUCCCAA